UAGGCGACGUAUUGACCGUCUUCAUCGCAACUGCCGCGGUCUCUGCAUAUCCAGUACGUGUCACAAUCAUUGCGGAUGUUCUCCGGGCAUUCAAUCGUGAACAUUCGUUUCCACACCGGCACCGUGUAGUUGAAAGCCCUUUGUGCCUGCCCGCCGAGGGAUCCGAGAAGCAGGCCGAGAAGAGCGGCGUGCUGGCUGAGGAGGAAAACGGAGAGACGCAUCUUCGGGACGUCUUGCUGUGUCUUCUUCUCUUCUUCUUGCUUUUUUCUUCCUUUGUCUCUGGUAUGGGGAAGGUGGUGAUAGGCUGUUGCUGGCAAUGGUUGGUCCUUAGGAAGAGCCGGAGCGGGGCCCAUCCUCUGAUUUAUAUAGCUCGUCAAGCGCAGAUGCCUCUACACUAUCUGCCUAGGAGUUUCCAAUCCCAUCCUUGCCAUCAUAUUUUCUGCGGUGGUCUUUUACGUCCAUGCUGGCCCCCCGCCUCCGUCCAGCAUGGCCCGUGUUGCUGACUGAAGCAGUCGUUAAGUAAUCGGUUGCCCAAAUGUUGGCCAAGCCCAGACGCAUUGCCGAUACUACAGACGAAAUCGCCGCGGUCUGAGCGCAUCGGCUAUCUAUACUACAUCGCAGACCGCAAGGCAUCAUGCCGUCUUGCGCCGCGUCCUGGGUCGUGCUCCGCGCGUUCGGCGGCAGUACCACCACGCAACGCCCGGCUUGCCGUAGGAAUCUGUGUCCUUGCACGACCAGCUGGAGGCGCCGGUGCCAGUUUCUGGGCCUUGGCCUGUUGGGCAAUUGUCACAACGCAAUGGGGUGCACGGCUGUAAGCUCGUGCUGAUUCACGGAACGAGGCCAGGCCGAGCGAAGCCGGCCCCCAAUGGCGGGAUGGCGGCUUGAUCCCACACCUCCGCUUCAAGGCGGCGAGGAUACACUCAUCAGGAUACGAGGCCCAUCUCAUGCGACAGCAUUCCCUCGGAUGGUGACAAGUGCGUAUGCUAAAAGGCAGUUGACAACGCAGCUUGCGCGGUCAGCGCCUACGCAGCGGUAUACUGGUCGUCAUAUAAUAGGCGUACAAAUGCCAAACCACGCGAGCAAUUUCAAGUAGACGAGCCCCAUCGUUCUCUCACGGGAUCAUUGUGGAGAGCAUCAACCCACGAGCAGGCACGAAACCUAAUGACCAACUUGUCCCCUGCGGUGCCGAGCCGCUGGUCUGUGGCUCGGGUCUCGUAUGUUCCAUAAACUACGACACGCACGCACGCUCAGCCACAAUCAUGCGCGCACAGUUGUUGGCAGCCAUCGCGGGCACCAUUUGUCGCUUCAUCCGCUGCGACGCCCCUUCAAGCAAGUCUUGGAGGGCGAAAGGCGAGCCAGACACGCCACAGAAAGCUCCCGAACUCAAGGCAGAGAUGGUGCAGCGUUGGCGGGCGGCAGCAGCAGCAGCAGCAGCAGAGACGCUCGUCGAAGACUGGCCCUUCGAUGAGCAGAUCUUCAAUGAAAACAUCAGCCGACACGCGUGGACGGCGCCCGUGACCACAGUUCAGGGCAUGUCGUUGCUGAGGCAGACGCUGUCACAGGCGCGACACAUGACGCAGCCGCCACCAGAGGAGCCCCCUUUAGAUACCACGGUGGCUCACAGUCCCUGGGAAGGAUCGCGGCCGCGGCCUGUCUUGUCGCUAUGGGACGUCGAUGACAGCGGGCGCCUGCAGCUCUCGCAACUCUCGUGGCUCGGGAAUGCGCAUGUCGAUGAUGGGCGAGGAGGGCCGCAGGAGCGCUCGGACUCGAGCCCGGCGGGGGCUGGGAACGGCAGAUGCAGCUGCAAGUCUGGUGGCGAGAGCAAAAUGUCUAUUCACAGUAUCACAGAGGCGGUGUCGGACGUGAAAGGUAUCGUCACCGAGGCGCGGCCAGCGCUCGUCUCGCUGUGCGCCAUCGUCGCGGCAGCAUGGGCGUGGUCGCGCGGGUCGGCAUGCGGGCUUCGGGGCUUGGCGCUGGUGGUUUUGCUCGUGACGAUGCAGACGCGAGGCCUGCGGGAGGGUUUCGGGGGUUAG